AUGGGAGACCUACCACCCGACCCAGAGCCCCCUCCUCAGCCGACCUCCAGCCUUAGGAAUUCCCAGGUCUCCGAGCGGCGGCGCAGUCGGGAACACUCUAGGCCCCAGCCCACAGUCCCUGAAGAGGUGCAGCAGAUACCGCUUGACGCUCAGCUCCUGCGCGGCUGUCGGGAGCUGGUGUCGAGCCAGAUCAACCGGGGCUGGUCACAAGGGGCCAGUCUGACCCCAAGUGAGAACUUUAUUUUUCAGGCCGAGGAAGCCCAGCGUGGGGGCAUUGAAUAUCCUUCCCUGAAUACCGGCUUUCCCUCAGAGGUACAACCCCAAACUUACUCUAGUGAAGGCAGGCUCCAGGCCAGCCACAACGCCAGCCUAAUCCUGCAGCAGCUACAGCAGGGUGAAGGCAACCUAUUCCAGCAACUGGAGUCUGCCUACCAGGAACCCCGGGCUGACCUCUUGGGCCAGUACACCAGGUACCAGAGAGAAGACCUGCAGUUCAGCCAGGACACCCAGCAUGGACCCUACCUACGGGAUGACCCUGCGCUCCAGUUCUCACCCUCUGAGCUGGGCUUCAUGCCCUUCAAUAUGGAGGUGACUGAGCCAGAACCUCGAGAGCUGGCCGUGCAGAACGCCAAGGCCUACCUGCUGCAGACCAGCAUCAAUUGCGACCUCAGCCUGUAUGAGCACCUGGUGAACCUGCUGACCAAGAUCCUGAACCAGCGGCCCAAGGACCCCUUGUUCCUCCUGGAGUCGCUGCACCGCUCCACCCGCUUAGAAUUCUACAGCCCGGGCUCUGGGAAAGUGACUGUGGAGAAGGCUGGGACGGCCGUGCCCAACAUCAUGGAGAAGGCCUUCUACCUCGAACAGGCCGGCGUGGGCCUGAGCUCAGACGAGAGCUUCCGCAUCUUCAUGGCCCUGAAGCAGCUAGUGGGGCAGCAGCCCAUCCACACCUGCCGCUUCUGGGGCAAGAUCCUGGGGCUCAGUCGCAGCUACCUGGUGGCUGAGGUGGAAUUCCGGGAGGGCGAGGAGGAGGAGGAGGAGGAGGAGGAGAUGAUGGGGGGCGGCGAUGUAAUGGAGGCGCACGGCGAGGAGAGCGACGAGGGCAACGAGGGCGAGGAGAAGGCCACCGACGUCACCCGCAAGCCCACGUGGAAGCCGCCGCCCGUCGUCCCCAAGGAAGAGAGCCGAAACGGCGCCAACAAGUACCUGUAUUUCGUGUGCAACGAGCCGGGCCGGCCGUGGGUGAGGCUGCCCCACGUCACGCCGAUCCAGAUCGUGCAGGCCCGCAAGAUCAAGAAGUUCUUCACUGGCUUCCUGGACGCACCGGUCAUCAGCUACCCGCCCUUCCCGGGCAACGAGGCCAACUACCUGCGGGCCCAGAUCGCCCGCAUCUCGGCCGCCACACACAUCAGCCCCCUCGGCUUCUACCAGUUCGGCGAGGAGGAGGGCGACGAGGAGGAGGAGGGCGGUGCCGGGCGCGACUCUUACGAGGAGAACCCCGACUUUGAGGGCAUCCCGGUCCUUGAGUUGGUGGACUCCAUGGCCAACUGGGUGCAUCAUACGCAGCACAUCCUGCCACAGGGCCGCUGCACUUGGGUGAACCCUUUGCAGAAGACGGAGGAGGAGGAGCUGGGGGAGGAGGAAGAGAAGGCAGAUGAGGGGAUAGACGAGGCGGGGCAGGAGGUCGGGCCCCCGCUGCUGACGCCACUCUCAGAAGAUGCAGAAAUCAUGCACAUGUCACCCUGGACCGCCCGCCUGUCCUGCAGCCUCAGCCCGCAGUACUCCGUGGCUGUCGUGCGCUCCAAUCUCUGGCCAGGGGCCUAUGCCUACGCCAGUGCCAAGAAGUUUGAGAACAUCUACAUCGGCUGGGGCCACAAGUACAGUCCUGAGAAUUUCAACCCGUCCCUGCCAGCCCCUGUUCAGCAAGAGUACCCCAGCGGCCCGGAGAUCGUGGAGAUGAGCGACCCCACGGUGGAGGAGGAGCAGGCCCUGGCAGCUGCGGAGCAAGAGGAAGAGGCAGAAGAGGCGGAAGAGGAGGAUGAGGGCCAGGAUGACUGA